AUGGUGAGAACGGUCCUUCGGACGAGCAUGCAUCGCUAUGUAGGUCGUAAAACCACUUUGGCAGAAUGGAAUAAGAGUGUUAUUCUAUUGAAAUCCACAACAUCAUUGAAUCAAAAGAAACAAUCCAUGUUUGGUCGUCAAAUUUGUUGCAAAAGUCUGCUGAUACAGCUGCCACAACAACAAUUCCGUGAUAGUGCCUUCUUCCUACAUGGAUAUUCAACACUGCGGCAUUUCAGUCAGUCGACACAUGGAGCAAGGCGUUCCAAUACUUCCCAUAUCUCACAGCAGCUUCAGGCUUGCCAAAAUGCAAGAGACUUGAGCAUGUUUCUAAGAACGAAUGGAAGACUAUUCCAUGGACGACAAGAGUUUGAGCUUUUAGAGCAACGAAUAAAGGUCCUGAACAAGACGACAAGGAUGACAGCAGCCCAUGUUGCUGGACUCAUGAAUGCUGUGUCCCGAAUAUCUACCGUGGCCAAAUCACAGCAACGACAGGCCCUCAUGGAUCUGAGCCGUGUCGCACAACCAAUGCUGAGGCAUUGUCAAGUCAAGGAACUAUGCAACAUUCUAAAUUCGUUGGCAAGUAAAGAUGUACAAAAUCACAAGUUGUUUCAUCAAGCAAGCAAAUUCCUAAUGUCCUCGAAUUAUAGUAUGGCGAUGAAUCCACAAGACAUGGCCAUUCUGGCAAACGCCUUUGCCAGAGUCCAACAUCAAAGUUCAAAGCUGUUCGAGGCAAUAGCAGUCCAAGCCAUUCCCCAAAUACAAGAUUUUACACCCCAAGGACUGUCCAAUCUGGUCAAUGCCUUUAGCAAACAAGACCAUCCAGAUUCCAAACUCUUUGAAGCGGUGGCGGACGAGACGGAACGAAGACUUACAAUGCUGCGACGACAACAGGAAGAUGACGAUGAUGUUGAUGAUUCCUUAGUAUUCUCUCCCCAAGGACUUGCCAAUAUUGCCAAUGCAUUUGCCAAAAUGCAUCAUCAUCAUCAUCCCAAGCUCUUUGCAGCGAUUUCCAAAGCAGCGAUUCCUUGCAUUGACGAGUUUACCCCACAAAACUUGAGCAACAUGGCCAAUGCAUUUGCCAAGAUGAGUGAUCAACAUCAUGAUGAAGAAGAGCUGUUGCUACUAUUUGAUGCCAUCAGUAAAGCAGCCCUUGACAAAGUACCGUAUUUUAAUGCCCAAGAGCUUGCCAAUCUGGCCAAUGCCAUGGUCAAGAUGAUGGGACAUCAUCAUGGGGCCACAACGGCACUACCACUACUACUACUACUACAGGAAAUUGCCCGAGCCGCAAUUCCUUUAUUAUCAUUAUUGUCCACCAAUAACUCAUCCUUCAACGCACAAGAACUGGCCAUGUUGCUGAAUGCCCUCACCAAGAACAACAAGCAGACUCCUACCGUUAAUGAGCUAUUGCCAGGCGAAACUCAAGACGAAUUCUGGAAGGCUUCUGCUACGGCGACCCUUUCCUUGCUACCAGAAUUUCAACUCCAAGAACUUUGCAUUGUUGCCAAUGCCUUUUCCAAGGCACCACCACAACCACUGAGUAAUGGUGGAGAAUCGCCGUACGAUAAGAUGAAACUCUUUGAUAGGAUUGCAGAGGCAGCCUUGGACUUGUUGUCGCUACUAGUAGGGGAUGAGAAGAAUCACCAAUUCCAACCCCAAAACUUGUCCAUAUUGGCCAAUGCCUUUGCCAAAGUAAAUCAUCAUGAGGCUACAGACAUGUUUCAAGCCUUGAUCCAAGCUGCCAUUCCAUUGUUGCCACAAAUGAGUCCUCAAGAAGUUGCCAAUCUGGUUAGCGCUGUAGCCAAACAGAGAAUAGAGGGACCAAUGGCCGACCAACUAUUUGCAGAGACUGCCAAACUCCUCCUGCUUCAAUCCAACGACCGUAUUGCCUCGUGGGAGCAACGCAACUUGGUGGAAGUUGCCUAUGCCUUUUUGAAAGCCUUUCAGACGAAUGAUAUACUAUUGGAACGGAUUGGAUCCGAGAUUUAUUCCCGGCCUGAAUUGGAAUUGGAUGCCAUGGGUCUGGGUCACUUGGCGGCAGUUUUGAGUCGGACACCCAUUGGGUGUUCUGCAGAACUCUUGCAUUCCAUCUUUGCCAGCUUUGAAAGGAUGAUUCCACAAGAUUCCAUUCAAAUUAGCAACGUGGCAGAUAUCUGCAAGGCAAUUCCACUGGCCUACGAACUGAAAUCAAUAUCAAAGAAUCAUGGAUUCUUGAGACAAAUGGUGGAAUAUUCCAUUCGCAAACGCCACAAUGCCAGUCCUCCGGAUGUCCGAGACUUGCUACUGAAUUUGACGUCACCUCGGUUAAGUGACCAUGGAGACACCGCCGACAAUAGUUCCCUUGUCGAAUUGCAACGGUCCUUGUUGGUAGCCUAUCAACCCAUCUUGGAGCAAUGUGCGGACCACCAGAUUGCGGCCAAGCAUGUCAAGACGAUUCGGAGAGCCUACAAGAGACUGCAUGUGUAG